CACCGAGCGCAUUUCCGGGACGGACACUAACAAAGUAUUUAGCAGCUCACCGCGCCUUAGAGCCGUUAAUUAAUCCCUUCAGAGGCCGGUCGCAGCUCAGUAGCAUGCAAAAUAUGUUAACCAUCAUCUCCAACGCUCUUUGUCGGAUCACUGGCAGGAAUGUGGGAGCCCAAACAGUGUCUGAGUUGCUGAUUGACCUGUCAGAGUACGUCAAUCUAACCUCACCGGCGGCGCCUGCCUUGGCAACGACCCAGCGACAACCACCUAAACCACCACCAGUCAGUACUAGAGCAUCUGUGGCACAGUUAGUUAGCUCCCAGAACGACGCGCUAGACUCUCCAGGCACCAGAGUCGUGGUCUCCCGCUCCUUCGCUGACUUCACCCCUCAGGCGACCUUUGACAUCAAGAAAUGCGACAUGCACCGUCUGGAGGACGGUCCUCCUCUGAAGGCGGAGCUGACUCGGGAUCAGGGCUUGCAGUACUACCGCACCAUGCAGACUGUGAGGCGCAUGGAGCUCAAAGCCGAUCAGCUGUACAAACAGAAGAUCAUCCGAGGCUUCUGUCACCUGUAUGAUGGACAGGAAGCGUGUGCUGCAGGUAUCGAGGCAGCCAUCACCCCCUCUGAUCACCUGAUCACGGCGUACCGCGCCCACGGAUACACGUUCACCCGCGGCGUGUCCAUCAAAGAGAUCCUGGCGGAGCUCACAGGUCGUAAAGGGGGCGUGGCCAAAGGCAAAGGAGGUUCAAUGCACAUGUACGCCCCUCAUUUCUAUGGAGGCAACGGCAUUGUGGGAGCACAGGUUCCUCUGGGAGCAGGUAUCGCUCUGGCCUGUCUGUACCAAGGCAACAAUCAGAUCUGUGUCACGCUCUACGGAGACGGAGCAGCCAAUCAGGGUCAGAUCUUUGAGUCUUUCAACAUGGCCGCCUUGUGGAAGCUGCCGUGUAUUUUCAUCUGCGAGAACAACAAGUACGGCAUGGGGACGUCGGUGGAGAGAGCUUCAGCCAGCACCGACUACUACAAGAGAGGAGACUACAUCCCAGGAAUCAGAGUGGAUGGGAUGGAUGUCCUGUGUGUCAGAGAGGCCACCAAAUUCGCUGCAGAUCACUGCAGAUCAGGAAAGGGUCCCAUUAUAAUGGAGCUGCAGACCUACCGUUACCAUGGGCACAGCAUGAGUGACCCCGGGGUCAGCUACCGCACUCGUGAGGAGAUCCAGGAGGUUCGCAGUAAGAGCGACCCCAUCUCCUUGCUGAAGGAGCGCAUGCUCACCAACAACAUGGCGUCUGUGGAGGAGUUCAAGGAAAUUGACAUCGAGAUCCGAAAGCAGGUGGAGGACGCAGCUCAGUUUGCCACAUCAGACCCAGAGCCGCCGCUGGAGGAGCUGUGCAACCACAUCUUCUCCAACAGCCCGCCGCUGGAGGUCCGCGGGACGCACCCCUGGGCCAAACUCAAGUCCAUCAGCUAGACUCGCACCUCACACACCCAAAGAAUAACGUGUACACACCGACCUUCUAACCUUCAGUACUAAACACGGCCCUUUCACUGCUCCACAAAUAUCCAGAAACGAUCAGCACCUCCUCCCUCGACUUUAGAGCUCAGCAUUCCUGCACCUUAAUGGGACUCAGCUUUGACCUGAAACCUGUCAGUGUUAUUUAUUUAUAGUUUUAUAUAGAAAUAUUUAAGAUUUAUUCCUCGUCUGUAUGUUUGUUCUGCUCUGUGCUGCCGUAUAUCUGACCAGUCGGUGUUGUAUUUCAUCAUCAAGCCGGAGACUGUUUGAAAAUGAGAAGAUGAGCCAUUCCUCUGAGCGCGCUGUCUGUACUUAAAAGGUUUUAUUUACAGCAGGGCUGCACAAUAUACGCACAAAGGUUAAGUUUCACAUUUUAAACUUUCUUUUCCCAUUGUGACAUGUCUGAUAUGAAUUACCUCCAUGUUUAUCCAGCGUUCUGCAGGUGUUUUUUAAGCUUUUAAAAGUGCGGGAAAGUGGGAUGAAUACGUGCAGAAGGUGUUUGAAACAUUUUCCAACUGUGGGAAAUUCAAUUAUAAGGUUACAGUUUUUUUUAAAGCAAUCAAUCACUUGCUGAGUGUUGUGACUUUCUUCAGACCUCUUUGCUUUUGUGAAAACAUUUUUAAAAACGCUACAGAGCAAGAUGAGCUAUGACUUUAAAGGUCUGUGUGUGUGUGUUUAUGGAGUUAAAGGAAUUAACCAUGUGAUGUGAGUUUUAAGAUGAUGCUGAGCAGAGCUGUCCGCCAAUAUUUUAACAGGAGAUCACUACCCUAAGAUAAAUAUUGUGCCGUCAGCUGAUGCUUUUAUUCAGAGCGGUUACAGUGGCAAAGCAGGAAACUACUGACCCGACCCUUCAAACAUGAACCAGCUGCUUCACUUCACACAAACAACCCAGAGUGAUCUCUACAUGUGAGACAGAUGUUUAAACCUCAGACUCCAGUUGUUGCAUUAAAAGAUGGAAGAAGCUCAUGUUUGAAGAAUAGAUGCACUCCCAAUAUAGUUUUAGUUUUUUACAGUUUUCAGGACUUGAAUUUAAGGAGAAUUAAGUCUCUGCUACAUGUAAAGAUGCACUUCAAGCUGUGUUACACUUAUUUCCUGCUCCUAUUUUCAGACUCUGACCGUGAGCUUGUACAGAUAUGAAGCUUUACUUGACUCUUUGUGUGUAUGUUGAGCUGAAAGACUGUUUGGCUUUAAAAUAAAUACAGAAAUAAAUUGGGAGAUAAAACGUU